GGAGUCUCUGCCAGAUGUACUUAAGGACAUUGCUUUAAUUAGUUUGGAAGUGUUAAGCAAAAAGUAAUAUUGAUAAUUCUAGCUUUUCAUGGUCUUCAAAUGAGCAUUAUUUAGAUGUAUGUGUAUUUUUAUUUGCUGCUUGUGACAUUGUGAUUGUCCCAAAACAGAUUAAGCAAUACAGGCAUGAAUCUGGACAUAGCCAAACCUGAAGCAAAGACUUGUGGCAAAGCCCCCCUCAGAGCCACAGCUCCCAGUUCCCCACGAAAGGGUCCACCCAAGUUCAAACAGAGAAACACUCGUCAAUUCAAGAGCAAGCCCCCCAAAAGGGGGAUUAUUGGCUUUGGAGAGGAGAUCCCUGGAAUGGAGGGACUUGGCACUGAUAUCACUGUUAUCUGCCCCUGGGAAGCGUACAGCCAUCUAGAGCUACAUGAGCUCGCUCAGUAUGGCAUUAUUUGAGUCUCUUUGCUGUACAAAGAGAACAAAUAAAAAAAAAAGAAAUUGAGAGAUUAUUUUAAGCAAUCAUCAACCUGGGUCCCUUCUGGAUGGCAAACAUAAAGCUGGAAAUGUAUACCGACUUUAUGUAAUAUAUGUCUGCAUAUUGUGGAUGGUUAUUUUUGUAUGGUAAAUAUAUUGUCAUGAGACUCUCAAGCUGCCAUUUUCAUGCUCAAAAACACUGUUCCCGUGUCAUUGCCUGUGGCUGCAGUGGGAGCUGCAGCUUACAGAUCGGUUACUGGCCAGCAGGAGAUUCUGUCAGCACAGUUUUUUAUACCUAACUCAAAAUAAACCUUUGACUUUUUAAAAUGA